AUGAGGUGCCGACCGGUGGCGGCGCUUCUGCUCGCCCUGUUCGGCGCCGCGGCCGCACACGCUCAAGGAGGUCCGCGAACGUUCUCUGCUAGGCCUUUCAGAGGAGGACCCACGCGGUUCGUCCGAGCGGUUCUGCGCGGUACGGCGGUGCUGCCCUGCGACAUCCGGCCGCCCCGGGCCAACGACUCCGCCAUCAUCGUCGCCUGGUACAAGAACGACGACACGCCCAUCUACAGCUACGACACGAGGGGCAAGAACGCCGAGCAAGCUCCCCACUGGAAGAACAAGCAGUACUUCGAGGACCGGGCGUACUUCCGCACCCUGACGGAACCUGCGUCCCUCAACAUCGAGCGCGUCGAGGAGCGGGACGAGGGCGAGUACCGAUGCAGGGUGGACUUCGCUAAGAGUCCCACGAGGAAUUCCAAGAUUCAUCUCACCGUAAUCGUGCCCCCCAGGACGCCGAACAUCAUAGACGAGCACGGGAAAACGGUGACCGGCGAAGCGGGGCCCUACGAGGAGGGUGGCGACAUGAAGCUGACUUGCCUAGUUUCAGGAGGUCGGCCAGAGCCAUCGGUCAAGUGGUGGCGAGGCGAGACCCUGCUCGAGCCAAAGGACAGUCGAGGAGACUUCCCCGACCUCCGCAGGAACACGCUCCUCGUAACCGGGCUCACCAGGUCGCACUCUGGCGCCGUCUUCACCUGCCAGGCUUCGAACGAUAACGUCAGCCAGCCAGUGUCCGCCUCCGUCACCGUGCGUCUCCACCUUCGCCCUCUCGGCGUGUCCAUCUUGAGCAGCGAGCAAGCCCCUCUCAGCGCGGACCGGAAGUACGAGAUAGCUUGCAUGACUUUCGGCUCGAGGCCUCCGGCCAGGCUCUCUUGGUUCAUGGACGGCAAGAGGUUGAUCAACUACACGGAAACUGUGUCGCCGGACGGCAACUCGACGACCUCGACCCUGGUCUUGAAGCCGACACUUCUGGACCACGAGAAGUUGAUCACCUGCCGGGCGGAGAACCCCAAAGUCCGGGACGGCGUCGAAGAGGACACGUGGAAACUCAACGUCUACUUCGUGCCCAUUUUGCACCUCGAGCUGGGGUCCAACAUGAAUCCCGACGACAUCGAGGAGGGCGACGACGUCUACUUCGAGUGCAAGGUCCACGCGAAUCCCUGGGCGUACAAAGUCGUCUGGCAUCAUAACGGUAACGUCAUCCAGAACGACGCGAAGAACGGCGUGAUCGUGCAGCAGUACGACCUGGCCCUGAGGAAGGUGAACCGGUCGCAGGCGGGGAACUACAGUUGCGUGGCCAGCAACAUCGAGGGCGACGGUUACAGCAACAGCGUGGAGCUGAAAAUCAUGUACAAGCCGAUCUGCGUGGGAGAGCAGAAGCGCGUCUACGGGGUCGCUCGUCACGAGGACGCCAGGGUCGUCUGCAGGGUCGAGGCGUACCCUCCACCCGACAGCUUCCGCUGGGCGUUCAACAACACCGAGGAGAUGGUCGACGUGCCGCAGUCUCGCUAUGAGAACUCCACCAGGCACACCCAGAGCAUUCUCACCUACAGGCCCGUCACCGAGAUGGACUAUGGCACCGUUCUCUGCUGGGCCAGCAACGCCGCGGGCCAGCAGCGAAACGCCUGCGUUUUCCACGUCAUACCUGCCGGGAAGCCGGAGCCACCGUACAACUGCACGCUGACUAACCAGACGACUGAGUCUCUUUCCGUGGAAUGUUCCGCUGGUUUUGAUGGAGGCCAGCCCCAGCACUUCCUGCUGGAGGUGUUCGACCAGGAGACGGGCUCGCUGAAGGCCAAUGUGACUUCCAGGGAGGCUCCCAGCCCGGUCUUCACCGUGCAUGGCCUUGGACCCGGCAAGGUUCUCAACAUGGUCCUGACUGCCGUCAACGCUAAGGGUAGAAGCGACCCGACCCUCCUCGAGGGUUUCACGCUUAAGGUCGCUGAAAAACAGACCGGUAUUCCGGUGCCCUUCGAGAUCACGCCGCUCCUUUGCGCCCUGAUCGGGGUCGUUACCGCCCUCCUCCUCGUCACCGUGACCAUCCUGGCUGCUCUGAAGGUCAGAAGCGAGAGGCGUUCUCAGAGACCUGGAGAUCUACCCCCGAAGAAGACCACCACCCUCAGCGCCGAGGACCUCUACGACGCGGACGACAGGAACCCGGACGUGGUGCCCACCAACAAGGGUACGGUGCCUUCCCCUAAGGGUUCAGACUACCAGCUGACUGGGUCUGCCGUGGGCACGCCACUGACAGCGCAAAACGAGUCCGAUGGACUUCCACUUCAUCUCAGGACCCUGUCAGGGUACGGCCACCCAGAGUACCGCAGCAACCCUGCCUUACCGUUCACAGGCGAAGUCACCUAUGCCGAGCUCUGCCUGUCGCGGCCCGUGACGCUGUCCACGUUAUCAGCGUUGUCAGCGUUGACGACCGCGGAUCACGGAGUCGGAAGCGGAGCGGGCACCAACUACGUCAGAGCGGACCAAAGGACGACGGACCCCACCGUCUACGCGAGCAUAGACCACACGGCGCGGCCGCCACGGAACGACCGCUUGGCCUCGCCAUCGAGGAGCGAAGUGGCUCCUCAGCAUCAUCGCCCGCUCCACGACCAUCGCCCUCACCUCCAUCCCCAUCAUCAGCAACCGCCGGAGGAGCAGCAGCGGCAGCCUCCCCGUUCUCGAGAGGUCGUCACGGUGCGCACCCCUUUGAUCUCGACGCAGGAGAGCUGCGUAUAG